AUGUCGUCGAGCUACGACGACGCCAUGCUCGGCGAACAUAGCCAUGGCGAACACUCUCACCAAUACCAUGCUCAGGACAUGCCACCGCAGGCUGAUUCAAACUGGCAGCAGAACGGCAACUUCAGAACUAGGACCCCUGACAGCAGUUAUCGACCGCGGCCGCCCAUUUCGGCUCCAGGUACGCCCAAUCCACCGGGAUGGGCUGAAGAGCCGCCCCGCAAAAGCGCUGAGCGGAACAGGUCGCGAGGGCGAAAUGGGAGAUCUGCCAGUGGUCAAACGAGGACAUGCCAGGCGUGCGGUGAGCCCUUGACGGGCCAGUUUGUGCGUGCUCUUGAUGGAACAUUCCAUCUCGACUGUUUUAAGUGUCAGGACUGCGGUGAAAUAGUUGCUUCAAAGUUCUUCCCAGCCGAGGACGAGAACGGCCAGGGCCAGUAUCCUCUUUGCGAGACUGACUACUUUCGACGACUUGGUCUCCUCUGCUACCAGUGCGGGGGAGCGCUUCGUGGCUCCUACAUCACCGCCCUAGACCGCAAGUACCAUGUCGAUCAUUUUACAUGCUCAUUGUGUUCAACGAUAUUCGGCGCUCAAGACAGCUACUACGAACAUGACGGAAACGUUUACUGCCAUUACCAUUAUUCGACACAGUUCGCCCAGCGGUGUAAUGGGUGCCAAACAGCCAUUCUAAAACAGUUUGUUGAGAUCUUCAGAAAUGGGCAGAACCAGCAUUGGCAUCCUGAAUGUUAUAUGAUUCACAAAUUCUGGAAUGUGCGGUUGGCGCAGCCCGCGGACUCAGUACCUGCGCUUGAGAGCACAGACGACGCUGCGGGCAGAGACCUUAUUCGUGAGGAGGAGGAGCGUAUGGAAGAGAAGGUCUUCCGUAUAUGGAGCGUUCUGUCAACCUUUGAGGAAUCUUCCGCUGCGUGUAUUUCCGACAUGCUGCUGCACGUCAGCAAUGGCUCAUAUGUGGAGGGAGUGUUUGUUGCCAAACGCUUCAUCUAUCACGUUGAGAUCUUGUUCCAAUCAGCAGAUAGACUCGAUGCAACUAUGGUGGGCCUGGAUCAAAAAGGCAUGUCUUAUGGGCGAGAAGCCAAAUUACUUUGCAAGAAGAUUGUCUCCUUCUUUUCUCUUCUUUCAAAAACCCAAGACAACGCAACCCACAAGAUUGGGGUUACACAGGAGCUAUUAUCCCUUGUUACCGGUCUCGCCCAUUACCUCAAGCUCCUCAUUCGAAUCUGUCUCCAGGGUGCACUGCGCCUUGAACGUGAAGCACACUCUUCUACUGGCUUGUAUCAGUUUCUAGACGAUUUGAGUGACCUCGACGCGACUAAGAACGACGAUGGCCAGUUGUCUGUGACUGCAAGCGGCGGAAAGCUUUCUGCCAACGACUCUGAUCACUGUGCCCUGUGCCAUAGAUCCGUUGAAGACGAGUGUGCUAAGAACGCCGACAUGAGGUGGCAUCUCAACUGCGUUCGGUGCACAAAGUGUUCGCGCGAUAUUGGGCGAUCACUGGCGGAGGCUCGUUUGAAUACUCUCGACCGAAAACUCUACUGCACAAACUGUGCUGGACCUAAUGCGCAAUCACUUGAGCAUGUCUCAAAAUUACAGCAAUACGUCUUUCUGCUUCGCGUUGCCCUGGCUCGGUUGUUAGAUAUUCUCAAAGCUAACGGCACACUUCCACGUUCAAACGAUGACUCCGAUAAUAACGGGUUUGGGGCUGCUGAUGGACCAGGAGGUGAUCCCAGAUCACGCGGAGGAGACCAGUCACGCGGGCCUGGCGGCAGCAAAAGAGAGUCGUCUUAUGAGAACACUCUGAAUGAUGUGCGCAGACUCCGAAGUACACGGUUAGACCGUCACCUCUCUUCUAGUGUUCGACAGGCUCGGAGCUCUCGUGUGAUGGACACUGACGGACGGGGACCACGCCCAGGCUCAGCGGGUGAUGCCAGCCAAGGUGGUCAAAACUCUACCGAUCUCAUGUUUGGACAAAACGAUGGUAUUACGUUGGAUGAUAUUCCAAGAAUCGUGGCUGUAGAGCAGUCUCGCGAACAACAACAAAGGGUGCCACAACCUUUUCAAGACCGUUCGCUAGAUGCUCCAUCUGGACAGGGCCAUCAGCGAACGCAAUCCAAUGACCGGGAACGCUCUGAUAUGAUGCCUCGACAAAUUGGACGAAAGUUCUUCUCAGAGCUCUCGGGCUUAGAAUACUUCAACGUUCGACAUCUCGCUGUUCUGACCAUGCAGCCCAUGAUUGAGCAGGAAUUCACUUUGGAUGAACUGCUCAGCUUCAUCGAGUCGCGUAAACAGGCAACCUUCUGGAAGAAUAUUGGAAAGGCCUUCAAGAACGACAAGAAUAAGAGCGUCAAGAAGAAGGGCGUAUUCGGUGUACCCUUGGAGAUUAUUAUUGAAAGAGACGGUGCGGACUCGACAGACGGCGUUGGUCCAGGUACUCUUCGAAUCCCUGCAGUGGUCGAUGAUAUUGUCACGUCAAUGCGCAAGAUGGACCUUUCCGUCGAGGGUGUGUUCCGAAAGAACGGCAACAUCAAGAAGCUGCAAGGCUUGGUUGAAACCAUCAACACGGAGGGCUGCGACAUGGUCAGCUUUAUGGAACAGCCUGUUGUCCAGCUUGCCGCUCUUCUUAAGCGCUACUUGAGAGAUCUGCCAGACCCUUUAAUGACCCAUAAGUUGUACCGACUAUGGAUUAGCGCAGCCAAAAUCUCCGACCAUGAGAAGAGGAAGCAAUGCCUGCACUUGACCUGCUGUCUUUUACCAAAGAGUCACCGAGACUGUCUCGAGAUUCUGUUCAGUUUCCUCAAGUGGGCUGGAACAUUCCAUCAGCUCGACGAGGAUCUUGGCUCCAAGAUGGACGUGAGAAACCUUGCCACUGUAAUUGCACCGAACAUCCUUACAAACCCUACCAAAGCCAUGGCUAUGGAUAGCGAAGCCAUGUAUAUCAUCGAUGCGGUGGAAAUGAUGAUUACGAAUAUCGAGGAAAUGUGCCAGGUUCCUGAUGAAAUCCUUGGUCUCAUGAACGAUCCCUACAUCUUCAGCAACAGUGGAGAUCUUACCACAAAGGACAUUCUGAAGCGUUUUCAGGAUAGACGGGGACAGAUUUCAAUUGCCGAUGUGAAUGAGGUUUACAACCGCCAGGAUAACUCUACCCGGCCUCCAGCUCGGCGAGUAGAAACUGAUCCAGCAGUAUGGUCGGGUGAGGCCACCGUUCGCACGAUACAAGAUCCUUCGAUGCCUCUACCCAAUAAUGGGAACGCAACUCCGCCUACUCGGUUCAGAGGACGAAACGAUCUGAACCCAUCGCCUUAUGGUCAAAACCAGUUCAAUCAGUCCGACAGUCAGCUCGAUAGCGCCGAGCAUAGUAGGAGGCGCGAAUGGCGCAAUUCUGGCAUAGGAGGACGACAAGGUAGCGGACUCGGUGUUUCCGGCAACUCGUGA